CCGCGUUUUAUCAGGACCGGUGUUAGCGAGCUUCGUAGUGGUGGACAAGGGAAUCCCUCGUGCGUUGAAUCGUGGCAGUUGUCUACUAGAAACACGUUUUACUAAUUUUUGUAUUAAAUAGAGCAACUGAUUACGAGUAAAAUGGCCGAUAAAGAUAAAGAUGAGCAAGAAAAGACCAUCGCAGAAGAUUUGGUGGUUACAAAAUAUAAAAUGGCUGGCGAAAUUUCUAAUCGUGUGAUCCAAGCAGUAAUGGCCAAGUGUGUAGUGGGAGCCUCUGUUCGAGAGCUUUGCUCGCUUGGAGAUAAGUUGCUCCUUGAAGAAACAGUAAAGGUUUUUAAAAAGGAGAAAGACUUGAAGAAGGGCAUUGCAUUCCCAACAUGCAUUUCUGUCAACAAUUGUGUCUGCCAUUUCUCUCCCUUGGCCAGCGAUACAGAUGUGGAACUCAAGGAUGGGGAUGUGGUUAAAAUUGAUUUAGGUGCUCACGUUGAUGGGUUCAUAGCUUCAGUGGCUCAUACCGUUAUUGUUGGUAGUAGUCCAUCCACCAAAAUUACUGGACGUAAAGCAGAUGUUCUCCUGGCCACCCACUAUGCAUCUGAAGCAGCUCUUAGAUUAAUGAAACCUGGUACAGAGAAUCAAGCAGUCACAAAUGUAGUGCAGACGGUUGCUGAGAGCUACAAGUGCAAGCCAAUUGAAGGAAUGCUUAGCCACCAGCUUAAGCAAUUUGAGAUUGAUGGCGAAAAGUCAAUCAUUCAACAUCCUAACGAAAUCCAGCGUAAAGAGCAUGAAAAGAGUACCUUUGAACUCCACGAAGUCUACGCCAUUGAUGUUUUAGUUAGCUCCGGAGAAGGAGUGGCUAAAGAGAUGGAUACCCGAACGACGGUGUUCAAAAAAACCAACGAGACGUACAUGUUGAAGAUGAAGGCUUCCCGUGCUCUUUUCACGGAAGUCAACUCCAAGUGUGGUACGAUGCCAUUCUCCCUCCGCAACCUGGAAGACGAGAAAAAGGCUCGCAUGGGAGUCCUCGAGUGCGUCUCUCACAAGUUGCUAGAACCCUUCCACGUCCUUUACGAGAAACCGACCGAAAUUGUGGCCCAGUUCAAAUUCACCGUCCUCUUGAUGCCCAACGGCCCACAGAAGAUCACUGGUCUUCCAUUUGAUCCUACGGCUUUCCAAUCGGAGAACAGCAUCACCGACGAGGAAGUCAAGAAACUAAUAACCUCCUCCACCCGCAGCAAGCCUAACAAGAAGAAGAAGCCUGCAACAACUGAAGUGAAAAAGGAAGCAGCACCUGUAACAGCCAAUUAAAACCUACCACAACUCGUGUUAGUUAUACGUCCAGCCCUUAACUCGACCUGGAACUCUCAUUAAAGAAAAAAUGAAAAAAAAAA